UUCCCAAGGCGAUACUGCCGCUGACCUCGCACGCCGGCUUGUGCGCCGCGCAAGGAUAUGGGGCAGGGAAGAAGGCCCGGCGGCAGCUCCCGAAUUAGCCGCGCGGUGGUUGGCUGGCGCGCGCCCCCAGACCAGAUAAAACCUGGCCGGCGCUCCACGCCGCGAGUCACAGGGUCACAGUCGCGCCGCAGACCUCCAGCUCCUCCGCACAGCUCUCUCGCCAUGGCUGACCUAAGCGCAAGAGACGUCGAAAGGGCGCAGUUCGCCUUCUCCAUCUACGACUUCGAGGGCUGCGGCACCGUGGACGCCAUCCACGUGGGCGACAUGCUGCGCGCCCUGGGGCUCAACCCCACCCUGGCGCUGGUCGAGAAGCUGGGCGGCACCAAGAAGAAGAACGAGAAGAAGCUGAAGGCGGACGAGUUCCUGCCCAUCUACAGCCAGGCCAAGAAGGAGAAGGAGGUGGGCUGCUACGAGGACUUCCUCGAGUGCCUCAAGCUGUACGACAAGCAGGAGGACGGAAAGAUGCUGCUGGCCGAGCUGUCCCACACGCUGCUGUCGCUGGGGGAGCGACUCAGCGACCCGGAGGUGGAGACCAUCCUCAAGGACUGCUGCGACACCGAGGAUGACGACGGCUUCAUUCCCUACGCUCGUGAGUACACUCGUACACUCUGUGGACAGUCUCCGUGGAGCACCGACAUGUGUCGCCCCUGCUGGGCCCGGGCCGUGAACACACACUGCUUACCUCUCGAGCUGCUCGCUCGGUGUGCUACUGUUGGGAUACACUCCAACACCAGCCUACAUUAUGACUAUUGGCCAAUAUAACGCCCCCAAGCUAACAAUGUAUCCCGUGAGGGGAAGUGUCGUGACACCUCCUCCAGUCCCCUCCCUGAGUAACACACUACAGGCGGGAGUGGCACACUCAGUGAAAACUGUUGUGGACCUACGUCAAUAACACAGCCACUAUAUUAGCUGAUUUCACGAUUCGUUCCACCUAUUUCCUACAUAUUCAAGUGAAAUACGUUUGUUAUAGCAUACACAUCCGCAGAAUUAGAAUAUAGGUACCUUCAGGUUACAUGCAAACAGCAACUGGUCCAGAAACAUAACAAGUAGACAAUUGCUGAUUGUUGAACAUAUAAAUACAAAUGGAAUGGCAUCUGGCCUACCAUUUACAUCUAACGCACUCAUAGCACAACAAAGAUGUUUAAUUAAUACACUUGUACUUACAACUGCCUAGUUCAGACACUCGAAGCCUGAAAGUGCACCAUCCGAGGAUAUUCCACCACUGUCAUCACUGGAACUGUCAGUAUCUUCACAAACAUCGCUUUCACUUUCACUGUCACCGUCUAGACGUAUUAUAAAUUUUUCCAUUUCCUCUUCAAUGCAGUGGUCGUUUUUCCAGUACUCCUCUUCUUCUCGUUUAACAUGUGACACAGCUGCCGUCCAGUCGUUUUCACAAAUGCUGUUAAUGGCUUCUUCUGUCAACAAUUGUAUAUGGUCGGCUUUUUGUGAAACGUUUUUGUCCGACACACGAGAUUUCACAAUGUUCCAGAUAUAUUACAAUGAUACGGUGGCAACCUGACUACUUCAUGACCAUGUCUUUCAAGGAUGUCGUCCACACGAUAUUUCGGAGACGGGCGUUGGCACUUGACGAUGUUAAGUAAUUCUGACUUUGUCAUGUCUUCUUCAUAAGCAAUGUUGUUGCUAUUCAGCCACUCUUGAAUUUGCGCCUUGCGCGAUGCCACAGUCGGCGCUUUAUUAAUCUGCACUGAAUGGUAGGAUGCAUUAUCCAUUACAACAAUACAAUGUGUGGGAAGAUUAGGUAUAAGUCAUUCAAGUACCCACUUGGAAAAGUUAUCAUAAUUCAUCUCAUCGUGAUAAUCUCCGCUUUUACAUUUGGAUUUGAAGAUGAAGAAUGCGCCAGGAACAAAACCCGAAACCGAACCAGCGUGCACAAUAAUCCAUCUGUGUGCUGCUCUGUCGUUCUUAAGUACACCCUGCGUAUCUGGAUCUUGCCAGCAUUUGCUCACAGUGUAUGCUGCAUGUAUCCAUGUUUCAUCAAAAUAUAAAA